UCACUUUAGGGGCGGACAUUUUUAUUACAUUGGUGUUAUUAGAUAGGCUUCAUUGGAUAGAUUUUAAGGCUUCAUUGGAUAGGUUUUAUUAGGCUUUAUUAGAUUGGCUUUAUUAGAUAGGCCUUAUUAGAUAGGCUGUAUUAGAUAGGCUUUAAUAGAUAGGCCUUAUUAGAUAGGCUUCAUUAGAUAGGCUUCAUUAGAUAGGCUUUAUUAGAUAGGCUUUAUUAGAUAAGUUUUGUUUGAUAAACUUUAUUGGAUAGGUAUUACUAGAUAGACUAUUAGAUAAGUUAUUAAUGUGCUCUAUAUAAUUACCGUUUUCUUUACUACUUAAUUGUUGGUGUGUAUAUAUGAGAUUGAGCAAUUAUGUGGUGAUGUGUUCCUGUAUUAGUGGCUAUUGGCUAUUUCAAAGUCAACAGGCUGUGGCUCAUUCAUGGCUGUUGGCUAUUUCAAAGUCAACAAAGUACUAUCCUUUGGGGCCUUGCUACUAUUUUUUGGCUAUUGGUUACUAUUUCAGAGUACUAUUCUUAGAGCCAGUGUUAUUAUUUCAUGGCUAUUAGUAACUAUUUGAAGAUUCACAGGUUACUAUCCUCAGGGGCAGUGUUACUAGUUCAUGGCUUUUAGUAACUAUUUAAAGGUCCAUAGGUUACUAUCCCUAGGGGCAGUGUUACUAUUUCUUGGCUAUUAGUUACUAUUUAAAGGUCCAUAGGCUACUAUCCUCAGUGGUAAUGUUGCUAUUUGAUUAAGUGGCUGCUAGUUACUAUUUGAAGGUCAACAGGUUAGUAUCCUUUGUAGCACUUUUACUGUUACACCACCCGCCCUCUUCCGAGUGGCCACACUCUACCUGGGCAGGCAGCCUUGCACACCAACACACCAGCAUUGGCUGUGAAAAGCACACCAGGACAGCAUGGUAGAGACGGCAACACUACAGCACAUCUACACUCCAGGCAGGCAGAUAGGAAGACACUUAAAUGCCAGAGGUUGGGUUUUCUCAUUUCAAUAACCCCAGUGUAUGCGUCAGGUUCAGUGUAAGCACACGCACACCUUCAUACAAACACACAUGAAAACACGCACAUUUCUAUCAUUUGUAUUAUUAUAACCCUUUCAUCAGGUGGAUUUUAAUGUGCUAAUUACUGUUUUCAAUACAAAUUGCUCACAAAGUGCAUAUAUUAUUAUUAUUAUUAUUAUUAUUAUUAUUAUUAUUAUUAUUAUUAUUGCUGUUGUUAUUGAGAUCCAUAAAAGGACACCAAAGGAAGAUAAGAAAAAUUGAUAUAGACUCAAACAGAGUUCCCCAAUGAGCAAACAUAGAUAUGACAAAUAAGAGAGACAGUGACAGUAAAAUAAGGAGAAGAAUGAAAAAAGGAGGGGACCGAAAUGCCUAAUAAGUUACCUUUUAGCUGACUGUCCUGGACUGAGUAAAGAUCCGAGGCCUGCAAUCAUUCGGCAUAAUUCAGAUCUCAGAGGCAUUUAGUCUAGCUUAUAAGUGGCUGGCUGAAAUGUUUUGUUUAUUGUAGAUAUAAAGAAGAAUGAGGUAGGUGCAGCCUUUUUUGGAAGUUACUGCUGAUUGGCAACAAGAAUAAUAUAUAAUGUAAUAUAGUGUGGUCUUUAUACAGCUGUCUAUCCCCUACAUGGUCAAGGUGAUAUUGGGGGCAUAUGUUGAGUGGUGUCUUAACCUGGUAGCAGCGGGGAUCAUGUUUCUUAAUGGUCCCUCUAAGUGAGAAAAAUGAGAAAAAAUCAUCACUCACACAAACCAUUUCAUAAUACAUAUCAACGCAUUUGUGAUCAGUUUAUGUAUCAUCUAUUUUGGGGGGCUUAUAUCAUGGCACAAAUUUGGCCCAUCGCUGCUACAUGGUAAAGCCACAAAUUUGGCCCAUCGCUGCUACCAGGUUAAAGAGCGUUAUGAGGCUCAGUCUGUGAAGGGGACACCGGUGAAUACAUUGGUUAUGGACUUUGAUUCUGGGAGGCAUCUUGAGAAAUUUACUGAAUUACUGUGAGCAUCGCAAAGCAGAGCACUCACUAAAACCUUCACAAAUGGUAACUAUGUUGUGUAAACUGUACUAUGCUAAAAUUAUUGUACAGAUCGGUGUGGAGCAGUAAUUGUUGAGAACUUCCGAGAUAAUUACAAAACAAAAAAAUGUGUUGGUCAGUGAAGCACUUGUUAAUAUAAUCAAUACAGAGUUGCCAAACUAAUUGCCUCACUUAAUUAAGUAAUUAUUUUUAUUUUCACUUUUCUUUCUUUUCAUAUCACGAGCUGGACUCGUCAUCGCCAGCAAGUACCCUCCUGAUUAGAGCAAGGCUCGAUAGUCAAUCUCUGGAAAAUAGUACUGUAAGGCGAGGGAAAAUCUCCAUGAACACAAUUCAUUGGUGGCGUGCAGUCCCCGACAAUGAAGCACCUUACAUUGGAUGACGUGAUCCAUAUAACUGGACAGUUUGGGCGCAGCCAGAAAAUAUACUAUUUUGGUAUUUCACUCCUGCAGUUCUUCAUAGCUCCUCAUAUGCUGCUUAAUGUUUUCACUGGGCUGGAGCCAACUUUUCACUGCUCUCCUAAAGAUGUCAUUCCAAAGCAUGGCGCCACUCUCAACAGAAGUGACUCCCUCCUCAACGAGUGCAUUGACAAUGAUGUACAAAAGUGUAGAAUUAUUUACACGUCGCAGUACAAAUCAUUUGCAUCUGAGUGGAACCUGAUAUGCAGCGAGAAGUACAAGGUGGCGCUGGUACAGUCAGUGUGGAUGUUUGGGGUGAUGACGGGAGCCCUGGUGCUGGGAGGCUUGGCGGACAUCAUUGGCCGCCUCAGAACACUCAUGCUGGCACUCCUGGGCACGAUCGCCUUUGAGGGGUUCAGUGCCUUUGCUCCCACCUACACAGUCAUGGUAGUCUUUAGGUUUCUUGGUGGUAUUUGCUGCUCGCUGAUCAUUGUGGCCAGCUUUGUCCUCUCCCAGGAGCUCGUUGGGAUGGAGUGGCGUAGCUUUUGUGGCAUGCUUCUUAGCAUGUUCUUUGCUCUGGGUAUUGCAGUGUUUUCUGCACUGUCAGCCAUUGUGAGUGACUGGAGAACCCUUACCCUCAUAUGCUCAGUCAUGGGCAUUGCAUUCCUCGUCUUCCCAUGUUACAUUCCUGAGAGUCCACGGUGGUUGGCCUCACAAGGCAGGAACGAUGAAGCCAAAGCAGUGCUGGAGGGAAUGGCCAUGAAGAAUAUGACUCUAGAUAAGUUGCCAAAGCAGUGGAAUCUUCCAAGUGUAGUCAGCAAUUUGAGCAAAAAGCAGCCAAAGGGAAUCUGUCUUCUAUUUAGCCAUUCAUAUGUUGCUCUCAUCACCCUCAUUUUGAUAUUUUCUUGGUUUGUUAACAGUGCAACAUACUAUGGCCUAACCAUGGCUGCUAGUGACCUGGGGGGAAAUGUGUAUGUGUCAACAGCCCUAAAUGGCCUAGUAGAGAUACCGUCGGGAUUGGUUGCCAUGUUCAUGAUUGACAGGUUGGGUCGACGCAUAACACUGUGUGGCUUUAUGUUGUUUGGUGGUGUGGCCUGCCUUUGUAUACAGCUGUUACCAGCAAGCCUAGUAACCCUCACCACCCUUUUUGCUCUUCUUGGAAAAUUGAGCAUAUCCAGCAGCUUUGCUGCCAUCUAUAUUUUCAGUGGUGAAAUAUUUCCAACGAUGAUCCGGAAUUCUGGAAUGGGAAUUAUGUCUGUUGCGGCCAGGAUUGGAGGAAUGCUGGCACCGUUCAUUCUGAUGUUGGGAGAUGUUGCUCCCAACCUUCAGUUCACUGCACUUGGCCUCCUCACAUUCUCCUCAGGCCUAUUGAAUCUCAAGUUACCAGAAACCUUGGGGCAGCCAAUGCCAGAAACAAUUGCAGAUAUUCUUGCCUUUAGGAAAGCAAGUAAAACCGUUCAUCAUGGUAAAUACAACAAACUAGAAACAGAGGACGUAGAGGCAGACAAGGACACCCUGUCACGCUCUCCAAGCCCAAGGAGAACCACAGAAGAGCCAGCAGCUGCCGAUGAUCUGGCUCCCCUCAUAGUGGAAAAUACAGAAUCAAGGUGGAGCUAGUUAAGAUUAUUUAAUUUCCUUCUAAUUCACUACAAUUCUUUUUCUUCCUCCUCUUCUUCUUCUUCUUAUCAUCAUUAUUAUUAUUAUUAUUAUUAUUAUUAUUAUUAUUAUUAUUAUUUAUUAAUUUUAGAAGCGGUGUUAUUUUUGUUUACUUAAAGUAUAUUUUUUAGGAAUUCGUAUUCAUUUUCAGUUUUGUUGUAUAGAAGAAAAAUGCAACUGCACAUAAUGAAAUUUUAAAGUUGAAAAGCUGAAAACCAGAGAUAAUGAAAAGUUGUAGGCCUACAUAUUAGCAUGAAUAAGAAAUUUUGUUGAACACAUUUUAUUAUAGCAGUGAUGUAGCAUUCCACAGUUUAUAAAAAUUAACAAAGUUCUAAUCAGUAAAAUGUGUUCAAUAUAUUUCUUACUCCUGCUGUUGUUUAUAACUUUUAUACUGUAAAUUUUAUUUUCUCACAAAUUUACUUACAUACCUCAAGAACAAUUUCCUGUGGUAUUACAUAUUAAUCAUGGCAAUUGAUAAUUGUCAUCUAGUAUGCAAGUAUUCAGUUUUUAUAUUGGCCAAUUGAUUCCUUUAAUUUAGAAGAAGUUAAGGAGAAAAAAGUAUUCAGAAUGAUUCAUUUUAUAAUAAUGUAAGCCUUUCACACAUGUUUAGAUCUGGCAUGAUGGAGUUGCAACUACUAGCACCUAUAGCUUUUUGUUUUGCCUUUUAUCUCUGAGCAAAGUGGAGUUUCUGGUUUGGUGACCAACUGUUUAUUGAAGGGAGGGGAGGAAGUCUGUUUGACCAAAGAAUGGUAGAAGGGAGUCUGGAAGAAGGUAUUACUGAAGUUUUCAAAUUAGGAUAGUUAAAUACAAUAAAGAAAAUGAGAAGGAUGGCUGUUGAUGGGUGCAUGAAUGGUUUGCAAACUGUUAAUUAGUAUUGAAAUCCAUUUGUUUGGCCAAAAAGCAGUCGAAUAUAGUAGGGGAGUGAAUGCAGCAGGUGAGUGUAUUGAAAGUAGUGGUAUUUGAAGAGUGAGUGAGUGAGUGAGUGAGUGCUGGUGAGGGUAAAGUGCUGUGGAAGGAGGGAAAGAGCGCUGUGUGGCUAUAUAUAUAAAUUGUAAGCGAUUGUAAGACCUGUCUCUCAUCUUGGGUGGAGAAAUAAGUGGGUUUACAGUACAGCUUAAAUUUUUUCAUUUUAUUUUUGUACAUUCUAGCUAAGUUUUUGACAUAAGGACUUCUUUCGAGACAUAAUAUGUGGAAAAAUAAACAUGUUCUAUAAA